AUGUUGUACGUUGUUGGUCUUGGUUUAGGUGACGAAAAGGAUAUCACCGUUAAGGGUUUAGAAGCCGUCAAGAGCUCUGACCGUGUUUAUUUGGAAGCCUAUACCUCUAUUUUGACAAUUGGUAAAGAAAAGCUGGAAGAAUACUAUGGCAAAGAGGUUGUCAUUGCAGAUCGUGAAAUGGUUGAAUCUGAGAGUGAUGUUAUUCUUGCUGAUGCUGACAAGGUUGAUGUCUCCUUCUUGGUUGUUGGCGAUCCUUAUGGUGCCACCACUCACACUGAUCUUGUUAUCCGUGCCCGUGAAUUAAACAUCCCUGUCAAAGUUAUCCACAACGCAUCUAUUAUGAAUGCUAUUGGUGCUUGUGGUCUUCAACUUUAUAACUUUGGUCAAACCAUUUCAAUUGUUUUCUUUACAGAGACCUGGCGUCCUGAUAGUUUUUAUGAUCGUGUCAAGGAAAACCAUCAAAUUGGUCUUCACACCUUGUGUUUGUUAGAUAUCAAAGUCAAGGAACAAAGUAUUGAAAACAUGGCUAGAGGUCGUUUGAUCUACGAGCCUCCUCGUUACAUGACUGUCAAUGAAGCUGUCGAACAAUUAUUAGAGAUUGAAGAGAAGCGUGGUGAAGGUAUUUGUAAGCCAGAUUCAUUAGCCAUUGGUUGUGCUAGAAUUGGUACAGACACCCAAAAGAUUGUUGCUGGUACUUUAGAAGAAUUAGUCGAUGUUGAUUUUGGCGGACCUCUUCAUUCUCUUGUCUUGAUCGGUUCUCGCAUGCAUGAAAUGGAAGCUGAAUUCGUAAAGGAAUACGCUCACAAUAUCGAUACCUUUAAUACACUUGUGAAGAGGGAUUACGUUCAUUAA